UGCGGCGGACGCAGAGUAGGCCUUUCUGCUGGCCGUCAGCAGGCAGGCAGAGGAGAAGAGGAGGGAGGAAAACUGUGUUUACACAGACGGCAAAAACGCCUGGGGAAUCGUCGGGGAGAGGAAGUCAGCCGGCUCUGUGUCUGCCUGCUCCAACUUCCUGCUCAGAAAAAGAAAAAGCACAGGAUCCUAUUUCAGUCCAGCACAACUGUGUAGACCAGAAGUAAGCAUGGAAAAACAAGGAAUCACUCAGGCUUCACCGUAAAGUUUCGCAGAGGAAAACACCGAGGCAGAAAUCGCAGGUAUGGACAGCGCCAUCACUCUGUGGCAGUUCCUACUGCAGCUGCUGCUGGACCAAAGUCACAAGCACCUGAUAUGUUGGACGUCCACCGACGGAGAGUUCAAGCUCCUGAAGUCAGAGGAAGUGGCCAAGCUGUGGGGGCUGCGCAAGAACAAGACCAACAUGAACUACGACAAGCUGAGCCGAGCCCUGCGCUACUACUACGACAAGAACAUCAUCAAGAAGGUGAUUGGCCAGAAGUUUGUCUAUAAGUUUGUGUCCUUCCCUGAGAUCCUGAACAUGGACCCUCAGGCGGUGGAGAUGGGUCUGGCCUCUGGCAGGUUCCCCCUGCUGGAGGGAGAGGCCUCAGAGCUGGAGGUAGAGGAGGAGGAGGAGGAGGAAGGGGAGGAGGAGGCCCAGAGGAGAACCCUGGCGCAGCAGUGUAGGAACGACUACCUCCGCUCCGGCCUCUACUCGUCCUUCAGCAUCAGCUCGCUGCAGAACCAGCCCGAGCUGCUGCGCGCGCUGCGGGAGCGCCAGGUGGAGCCGCGCUCCGUCAUCCGCUUCGGCACCAACGCCAACGAGAGGAGCUCUCCCCCCUCUAUUAAGUCAGAGUCCUACAUCCCGCCCAGACCAUCCAAACACCGGUCCCUGUCCUCCCCCCACACCCACACAUCCCGGAGCUGGAGCCCUGCCGUCAUCGAGGAAGAGGAGCCCUCCGACCACAGCGCCCAGCCCCUCAACCUCUCCUCCGGGCACCGGGAGCGCGCCAUGCAGCCCCCGGAGAAGAGGAGCAGCAGCAGCGCCGGUAGAAGUAGCUCUAGUAGUUACCAAGGAGAUGGACUCCCACCAAAAAGCAAAAAGCCCAAAGCUCUGGAGAUCUCCGCCCCGUCUCUGCUGUUCUCAGGGAGCGACAUCGGCUCCAUCGCCCUGAACAGCCCGGCCCUGCCGUCCGGGUCCCUCACCCCCGCCUUCUUCACUGCUCAGGUGAGACCAUUUAUCUGACUGAUGCCCAACCAU